AUGGCUGCUAUUAUCUGGAACCUGGGAACCGGAUGCAUCACUCCUAUGUGUUACAGUAUUAUUUUCAUUUUAAUUGGCCUCAGUGGUUGCAGCAAUCAGGGUCCCAGCAUUUGUACUCACAGACAAGGUGGAGGUACCAGCUUUUUUGCUUCUUUGCAGCUAUUGCAAACCAAGAAUAACUCAGAAGGUGGUACCAAAGAUGAAAGCCCACUCUUCAGGAAUUUUUUUGGACUGGACGUGGAUGGUGCUGAAUUGUUGAUUGGAUUGAAAAAGGGCUGCCCAUAUUGUGCUGUACUAUGCUAA